AGUCCCAUAAUGCAAUUUAAGAAAACUGAGUUGCUCUUCCGAACGAAAUAAAAAUAAAGUUUGAAAACUCAAGAAAAUACAUGGUGGUUAUGACUCCAAAUAUGACCGAUAAAAAAGGACUAAAAAAUACAAGCAAUGAAGAAACAAAAAAGAAAGUGGAACUUGAAAUUAAAAAUGAAAAUUUAAAGCCCGAGGUUUUUGAAACGUUUUUACCGACAACGAUUAGUUACCACUCGAAUUGUUUACCAGACGCGAUUUUUCUUACGACGUCCAACGGUCAGUUAAUCACAACAUCUACAAUAAAUUACUCAAUAUUUUUGACAGACAUUACUUCUUCAUCCGUUACAAACAAACAAGAAACUAAAAAAGAUAAAGACGAGGAACAUCUUAUAGCUGCAGCUGCGACGCCAUCUGCAAGUCAACUGUGUUCAUCUGCAACGAGCAAAGAAGAAAACAUAUUCUCACCAAAGUUUCCAUUUUUAACAACAAGUUCACAAAGCGAUAACAACAUUACAAAAACAUUUGCUCCAGUUUUCAGUUUAUCCAAUCCAUUACUUGCACCGAACCUUGCAAUACCCAUUUACAACACUCAGCCAACUACUACAGGUGUUGGUGAUUCUUUUAAAAAUAUAUUUGUUACUACACCACAAGCAAAACCAAACCCUUCUAAAUCUAAAGAAUCAGGUAACUCAGAGAGUGACAGCCAUAAUAUGGCAACUUCACGGGGCAGAAAACGUACUGCUCAAUCUCGUUUGCCAGCUAAACUUAAAGAACCAGCGGCAGUUGCACGCAGAAAUGCACGUGAAAGAAGACGCGUAAAAAUGGUUAAUGAUGGCUUUUUAAGAUUGCGAAGACAUGUUCCGACUGAUCCUAAAAACAAAAAGCUAUCUAAAGUUAAAACACUUCGUUUAGCAAUAGAGUAUAUUCAUCAUUUGCAACACUUACUCCAAGUUGACAAUUGUUCUCAACAAACUCUGCAAUUAGUUGCAAAUAUUUCUCAAGUGUCUUCAUUCGAUGACAUAGACGGUGGGAAUGCAUGGCUGAACACUGAAGCUAUGAACCGAGUUAACAGAGAAAUGGAUGAAGACAUAUUUCAAACUAUUGAUCCUGCGCGUUUGCGAACAAACUAUACGGAUUAUAUUACUAGGUGAGAUUUGUGAAGUCAAUGCAAACUGCAAACAGUUCGCACAUUUUUUUUUUUUUUAAUAAAUUUUGUUUAUAGAAAUAAUUAAUCUUUAAUUUAUAUAAAAGACUUUUUAUAAAAAAAUAAUUUAUAACAUUGUAAAAAAAUAAAAUGAAUAAAU